ACAUACCUGAGCCGAGCGUCUGCAGAACCUGCAGCCAGGUCACCCAGCGGGUAUGAACCCGUCAUUAGAAAGAAAAGCAACACGGCAACUGCAGCAAAAGACAGAGAAACUGCGUGGGAGAAACGUGCUGCGCAGUGACGGAGGACAUUUGUACGUGUCCAUGCUGGUGAAAGGCCAUGGCAGUUCAAUGUGACGGUGUGACGGUGCGACGCGGCCUCACCUUUGCUACGGGUCUGGUAGAAUGUCUUUGUUUCGCCGGAGCCGUGUUCGGGUGGGCUUCGCUCGUUUUCGUCCUGAAGACGGACGGCUACUUCGGCUCAGGAUGCGUCAACGUCACAAAUUCCAAUGCAACGCAGGCCCUGGAUUGCAGUGGACAGGAUGAGAAGUUUUCACUUGUUUUCACCAUCGCCUCCUUUAUGAACAAUUUCCUAACACUGCCCAGCGGUUUCCUCUUUGACCACUUUGGCACGACAGUCGCUCGGCUGGUUGGAAUAUGUCUGUACACGUCGGGUACUCUGAUGGUGGGCUUCUCAAAUGCAGCUUUGUCCUUCAUGCUGUUCCCAGCUCUCUCCUUCCUGGCAACAGGUGGCGUCAUGUUUCUAAUAACAAACAUGCAGGUAGGAAACCUGUUCGGCUCACGUCGGUCCACCAUCAUCACCCUCUACAACGGAGCCUUUGACUCUUCAUCAGCACUCUUCCUCGUCAUCAAGCUGCUACACGAGGCCGGCUUCUCCCUCCGCUCCUGCUUCAUCUUCCUGUCCGCCUGCAGCGUCGUCCACCUCCUCAGGACCUUCUUCCUGCUGCCCAGACGCCACAUCCCCUACACGCUGCCCGACGGCUACACAUACGGGAUAACCUGCGGUAAAUCAAAGACUCUGAGCCUUGAGCCCACAACAACAAAUGGAAACGUGCAACCAGCGUCAGAGGAAAAGCCCCUCAACAUGGACCUCCCCGUGAAACCAGAGAAAACUUUUGCCGAGUGUUUGAAGUCCAGGUUCUUCGUGUUGCAGCUGCUCUGGUUAUCGAUUAUGCAGCUCAGGCAUUACCUCUUCAUUGGCACCCUCAACCCCAUGCUGCAGCGGCUGACGGCCGGGGAGCCCUCGCUGGUGAGCCAGUACAUCAACGCAUUCGCUAUAACGCAGCUGUGCGGAGUGCUUUGUGCUCCUUGGAACGGCCUGAUCAUGGACAGACACAAAGGCAGAACCCGUGCUCCAGGAGAGAGCGAACAGGAAGCAGACCUGCGGGCCUCUGUGCUUUCUCUCUUUCUGACGUCGCUGCAGUGCGUCGCGUUCUCACUUUGUGCCUCCAUCCCAUACCUGCCGCUUCAGUACCUCACCUUCGUCCUACAGGUGCUCAACCGCUCCUUCCUCUACGGCGGCAACGCAGCAUUCAUCAGCGUGGCUUUCCCAUCGUGCCACUUUGGGAAGCUGUACGGUUCUGUACUGGCUCUGUCUGCAGUGCUUUCCGUCCUGCAGUAUCCCUGCUUUGCCCUUGUGAAUGGACCUCUGAAUGGAAACCCUUUAUAUGUGAACAUUGCUCUGACGCUGUUCAGCCUGCUCACCUUCAUCCAUCCCCUCUCCGUCUUCCUGCACUGUCGAAGCCUCGCCUCCGGGCGAGCCAGGAGCACCUACUCCUAAAGUCUGUUAAACGUCACUCAAGACGUCUUUAAUAUCACCAGUCACACUUCCCGGUGUGUUUGUUUCAUUCAUUGUUGUCGUGUGCAUCAAAUCAAAUGGUGGCAGCAUUUCUCACACUCCCGGAUCAUUUUCACAGCCAAAUUGAAUUUAUCCAUAAUAAUUCAGAUCUUCUGGUGUGCAAUCUGAUGAAGUCACGCGGUCGCGUUACAUUACAUGUCAUUUAGCUGACGCUUUUAUCCAAAGCGACUUACAAAUAAGUGCAUAUCAACCAUGAGGAUACAAACCCAGAAGAACAAGAAGCAAGAAAGAGCAAUAAGCCGAUUCACAACUUGCCAUACACACUUUUAUUUUUCAAUGCAUGGAUCAACUAGUUUUACACCUUUCAACAAUUUUAAUUAAACCAAUAUUUUACGUUUCUUGUUUCAAGUAUUCUUAUAAUUCAUUUAUUGUAAUAUCAGCUAGCUCUCACACAAAGGCUGGAUUCAAAGUGCCAAAAUACAGACUGUGUGCUGAAAAUGAUAAACGGUUAUAUCAG